AUGGACGACGUCUCCAAGUUUUUGCAAGAUGUCAAGGAGAUGAAUGCUCGCCGAACCGAAGAAGACGACGCCCGUCAACGCGAACUCGACGAAAAGAUACAGCAGGAGAAGAGAGAACGACAAGCUCGUCGCGCCGCUCCCGAAACCAUGGACAGCUUCUCAACCUCUCCAACAAAGGAGAACGAUUCCCCCUUUGACGCCGAAAGCAAGCGAUCGAGCGUGACAUCCCCUACCGGCGGCGUACAAGGAGCGCGGCCGCUGUCGUGGCAGAGACGUCCCAACUCUCAGCAUUCGGAUCGAUCCAAGAGCCGUCCCUUGUCCGUCGUUGCCGCCGAGAACGCGACCAGGACCUCGCAGAACCCAACUCCCGACCCCUCCUCCGCAACCGAGCAGACCUUCUCUAGGGACCAAAUCUCUCAAUCACUUGGUUCCAAAGACCCCGCGUGGUUCCGCCAAACGGCCGAUCGUGCCAGCGUCGGCUCGGCUGCAAAUCGCAAGAGUCAGGUUGAGGAUACCGAUACCAACGACAUGUCCUCAAUGCGCGCCCAUCAGCUCCCCGGCAUGAGCCGCAGCUCUUCGACAGACUUGUCUGCCGAGCAGUCUAGCCCGACGAAAGAAACCCGACUGGGCUCUCCGCUGUCACUCAGCAGCUCCCAGAGACUCGACCCCCCUGCCGAGAUCUCCGAGAAUGACCCCACAGCGCUGCGCCGAAAGUCAAUCAUAGGAUCCGGUCGCUCAUCACCCACGCGACCUGUCUCUCCUACCAAGGGCAUGGGCGGUUUCGUCCAAAGCGCAAUGAUGAAGAGGUCAGACAGCGUCAAGAGAUGGAGUGUAACCUCUCCCCCUGGCCUUGUCCGCGCCGAUUCAGCUGCUUCAAGCCGGCCUGAGUCUCGCUCCCGUCCGCAGAGCAUGUAUAUGCGGGACGGAGCUGCUACGCCUACAGGGUCAUCUCACUCUCGGUCUCUGUCCCGCCCCGCAUCUCGCCCUACUUCUCGUCAUAGCAAUCAGGAACAACAAGACGAGAUCGAGACUACACCAAAAGCGCCUGUAGCAGCACCUCCUCCCGAAGCCAAGCCCGACGUCAAGCCCGACGUCAAGCUCGAUACCAAGCUCGAUACCAAGCUCGAUAACAAGGAGGAGGACAAUAAGGAUGUGACACCGCCAUCAAGCCCUUCAAAGACUAUGGAUUCUAGAAGAUGGAGCCCGACGAAGGCAAGCUGGCUGGAAACCGCACUGAACAAGCCAGAGUCCCCGAAACCUAAGCCUCCGCCGGUAUCAAAUCAGCCAGCUUGGAUGGUGGAGCUCAACAAAGCAAAGGCUCACAAGGCUGCCAACCCCAGUGCCGACCUAGGCCGAAGCGGCUCAGUAUCAUCGCAAAAGCACGAAGUCAAUGUCGGCGGGCUGAUGCGUUCAUCACCUAUGGGAAGCCAUGUGUCCAAGCCCUCUGUAAGUGGCCUCAAGGGUAUAUAUGCGCCACCAGUACAAACCCACAAGACCGGCGGCAGCAUCAGCAGCCCAAGCUUCCGUACCAGCACAAUCAAAAGCCCGGCAGGCGAGGACAAACUGGAAGGAGAUGCUCUGCCCGUGGAUAUUCCAAAGCGCUCCUCGGUCACUGACAGCCCUUCUGUGGCUAAAGUCAAGCCUGAAACCCCUCCCAAGAAGGAUUUCCGCUCUGGCCUGAAGUCCAGAAACGUCUCUGGCGAUGCUGCUUCUUCCAAAGAGCCCGCCAACGAGUUGCAGAAUGUUUUUGGCAACUUGCGACGGACAAAGACGCAGAAUUACGUGGCGCCAGAUGAGCUAAAGAGCAAUAUUUCGCGCGGCAAAGCGGCCUUGAACAUCACCGGCGGACCGAAGCCCAGCGAGCGCAAGGAUGAGUUCAAGGAUGCGAUUUUGAAGAAAAAGCAGGACUUCCAGGCUGCUCAAUCGCAAGGCAAAGGCGUGGUUAGAACCAAGUCCAAUGCAUCUGAGAAUCCUGUCCCAGAAGCUCUGCUGAAAAGACAUGCGUUGAGCAAGUCGAUUUCGGGCAGAUCAGAUGCUACCUCACCCUCCGCUAUCGAGCACCGAAAGUCUGUGAGCGAGAGGCCCAAGUCAUCGUACAGGGACGAUUCCAAUGAGUCGGUGGCUUCGCUCAGAUCGCCUUCUGUCAAAUCACCCUCUGCCAGGUCGCCAUCGCUCAAAUCGCCUUCUAUCAAGUCGCCAGUAGAACCCGGACCUACGGCUGAGGUUCAGAAGGAGAGCAUUGCUCCCGGCCGGCUUCAAGGACGUGCCGCUGCCGGUGGCCUAGCGGGCCGCUUCAAUCCUGCACUCGCAGGGCUUUUGGCUCGUGGCCCCCCUCCCAUGGCUACCAACGGAGGACGAGAUGCCGAGAAGUCGGAAGAAUCCAGCGGGGCGCCCGCCGAACCUACGGCUCCAGGACCUCAGCUUACACACAUGACUAAGGGUCGUGCUCGUGGACCGAGAAGAAAGGCGCCGUCUUCCAAGGCUCCUCCGGCAGCUGCACCAAGCGCAGAAGUGGCAAGCCAACCUAAUCCCAGCCCGAGUGCCCUCUCACCGGCGAAGGAGGAGCCGCCUGUAAUUGGAGAAGUUGUCAAGAGCCCCGCAAAGGAGGCUCCAAUGUCCAUCCAAGCCCAGGUCGCUGCUCAAGCAGCUGCUAAGAACAGGCCCGCACCUCUCAAGCCUUUUGGGACCGCUGCUGAGGUUCCCGCUGAGAAGCCUGCGGAAAAGUCUCCAGAGAAGCCUAUUCUUCCGGCUAAGGAGGAAGAUCCUGUUUCAAAGCGCAGGUCCCGGUCUCCUACGAUGAAGCUCCAGGCCUCCCCGAUCAAGCCCGUCGAGGAGAAACCCAGCGAACCCGCCUCUCAGCCCACCUCACCUAAGAAGCUGGACAUGAAGCGCAUGUCUAGAUUCUUCGAAGAGAACAACCAGUCGAGCCCAAAGCCUGAAAGCCCCAAAAGGGAGAGCCCAAAGAUGGAAAGCCCCCCCAAGAUGAGCAGCCCCCCCAAGAUGGUCAGCCCGACAAAGGAGAGCCCCAAGGUGGAGAGUCCCAAGAUUACCAGCCCUAGGAUGGAGAGUCCCAAGGUUGCCAGUCCCAAGAUCAUCAGUCCCAAGGUUGCGAGCCCGAAGAGAGAAAGCCCAGCUUCGUCGCCAAGCAUCAAGCCCAAGCCCGUUUUCGAUAAGCCCUUCAGCCCGCCACCCCAAAAGUCGGAGGAAGCUAGACCGAAGCCAGUAUUUGAGAAGCCUCCGAGCCCUGUACUUCAGAGAAGCGAGGAUGUCUCUCCUGUCAAGACUUUCGGGCGGCCUCUUCCCGAGCCUAAGCCGAGUUCUCCUGCAAAGCCUUUCUCGGACAAGGUUGAGGAAGCUCCUGCGCCCAUCAGGACUUUUGGACGCCCGCUGCCCGAACCAACUCCCAGAUCACCGACACGGUCUCCCGUUCGGUCACCGCCGCCCAACGAGCAAUUCGAUAGCCCUCACGUAGCGCCUCUCAGAACCUUCGGCCGACCUCUGUCCAGGCCUAGUUCACCUCAAAAGUCAAAUGACAGGGUUGACAGCGAGCCUGUGGUGUCCGUCAAGAACGCUGCAUCGAUGUUCGGCGGCGCUGUGGUACGGUCGCCACCUCUGGAGGCCAAGUCGCGAUUUGAGAGCCCCGUGUCUCCAGUCCAGAGGACUGAUACUCCCACGAGGAUCUCUACAAGGCCCCUGCCUAUCCCACCGAAGCCUUCCUCGCCUACACCAGUCGCAUCUCCUGUUCGAUCCCCCACGAAGUCAAGCUCAGAGGUCUCCAGUCUAUUGGAUGACUUUUUUGGCACGCCGCGGCCACAGAGGGAGUACCGCCUUGACACCACUGAAGUGUUGAUGAACAAGCCCCGGGUGCGCGACAUCCAAAGCCAGGGUACAAGGCUGUUCCAAAUCACUGGAGACGGAAAGAAGAUGCCUGUACAAUCACAUAACGAGCGUAUCUUGUUCGAGCGGGAAAUGUACAUCUGUGCUCACACAUUUUCCAACGAGGCUGGCUGGAAGGAGACGGAGGUGUAUUUCUGGGCUGGUGACGAGGUACCGGCAGCAACUGUGGAAGAUACGACUCUUUUUGUCAACCGAGAGGCUCGUUCGCUCGGCGGCAAGCUCGUCAAGAUGCGCCAGGGCAGAGAAACUCCCGAGUUCAUCAUGGCGCUUGGAGGUAUGAUCAUCACCCGUCGCGGUACCAACACCAAGUACGACUCCUUGGCACCAAGCAUGCUGUGUGGUCGCCGGACGCUUGGCCAGGUUGUAUUUGACGAGGUCGACUUCUCAUCUGCAAGCCUCUGCUCUGGGUUCCCUUUCUUGAUUACGCAGUCAGGAAUGUGCUAUCUCUGGAAGGGCAAGGGCAGUGAUGUGGAUGAGCUGAGUUGCGCCCGUCUCAUUGGUAUGGACUUGAGCUUGAUGGGCGAGCUCCUAGAAAUCGAGGACGGCAGCGAGCCGGAUAGCUUCUGGGCCAUCUUCAAUGACGGCACGAAGCCGCACUCUGCAGACCACUGGCGUUUGAAGUCCAACUACGACAAGUACUGCCAAAGACUCUUCCGCUCGGACGCGUCUGCGGCAAAGCAGGUCACUGAAAUCAGCCCGUUCACUCAGGCUGACCUGGACCCUUCCUCCAUCUACGUACUAGAUGCAUUCUUUGAAAUGUACAUCAUUGUCGGUAGGACGGCGCAGAGCGAGUACAGCUCCUUCCGCAACGCUCUUGACUUUGCGCAGGAGUAUGCCAUUCUGGCUAGUGGCAUGGAAGAUCGGCCCUUUAUCCCCAUCUCGACGGUCGUGUUGGAGGGUAUCCCCAAAGACCUGAAGAGUGUGUUCCGCAAGUGGCGAGACGAGUCUAGUCCGACCAUCAUGCCCCAAAAGGCGGCGUCCGGUCUGAAGCGCGGACGAUCUCUGCGCGUCGUUCCCCUCACCCACGCGCUCCAGGCUCUUAGUGAGUAA